AUGAAAUUAAAUAAUGAGAAAAUUAAAUCUAUAUUUUUACUAAGUCUAGUGGGUUCGGGAACAGGACAACAAUCAGCCGACAACCAAACCGAAGUAUUGAUUAAUAGUGGAACCAACCACCUAGCUCUACCCCAAUUGGUAACUAAUUUCACUCACACCAAAAUGGCUCAAGAAGGCGAUUCAGAGCAAAAUGUAUAUGUCGCUGGUGCUUCUGUAUUGUUUACUUUUAAGAGGAAAGAUGGGUCACUUUUGCCUUCAAAAAAAUGCACAGAUGAUGAACAAGAUAUAAAAUCAUAUGAUAUGCAGUUGUCAUUCACUGACUGGGAUAAUUCAGUAACUUUAGAACCAGUUAAUUUGAAACACAUGCCUUUUGUUCCAAAGGUUACUGAUGAAGGUACGGUAGAUUUACUCCCAGUUACUUCUUCAGCUAAUCCAACUGGUCCUGGAUUAUCAGUAUGUGUUUACGGAGCCGCUAGUGUAGAUUUAGGAACUAAUGGUUUACUGAAAGAAGACCUUGGAGCACCUGUUUAUACUGAAACUAAAAUUAGUGAACGCACCUUAGCCCAAGCCCUGGGUCAUGUUAGUUUAAUUGAAAAUGCUGAUCCUCAACAUCAAUCUUUUUAUUAUUUUCCUAUUGAGACGGCUUUGAGUCAAACAAAUGCUAUUUCUGGUUGCUCUGUUCCUUCUCUUACUUCCUCAGUCAAUAAUUUUUCCCAGCCACUAUCAGAAACUGAACUACAAAUGGCUCAAAAUGUUUCCCAAAUAGUUGAACGUGAUAGUAGACUAAUUCUUCAUAGUGGGAUGAAAGUUGAUGGAAUUACAUAUAGCCUGCCUCAAACUUGUCAAAGACCUUGCACCCUUUCUUUUCCGGUUUCUGAAGAACGUUUUAGUAAGAAAGUCCUUAAAGGUUUUUUAACCUCGGCUAACUGUGUCAAUACUAAUAUUCUGGUGGGAGAUACUGUCGUUGGAGUAGCAAUGCGACCUUUUAAGUUUGAUUCGGAGCAAGGUUUAGAUUAUGCUUUUGUAAGAAUAUAUUCUGAUUAUUGUGGACGAGGUAUUGUUGAUAUAGAUGAACUUUUACCAAUAAUUCCUACUCCUAGCCAACCCCUCUCGGUAGGAGAUAAAGUUUAUGCUCAUGGAGGAGCUAGGGGGAUGGUAAGUGGUGAAAUUUUAGAAACUGGUGUUACCAUAACAGUAAAUAGACCAGGCUCAUGUGGAAAAGAAAGUGCUGAACUUCAUGAUGUAGUUAAAGUGAAAAUGAAUAAGGGCUAUUAUUCGGGUGAUUUAGGUGCUCCUGUCUAUAUUCCUCUACAAGUUCCUGGUUCUACCCAAAUGAUUGCUAGUCCAGUUGGGCAAGUAGUAGAAGUUCAUAAUCACGAUGCCAAUGAUAAUACCUGA